AUGUUUUCUAUCACUGCAUCGCAAAUGUUGCGGCCUUUUCCGGCAUUUCGGGCUUCUCGGCCCCUUUGCGGCCCUUUCCGACUUCAUAUGCAGACUCGACGGGAUGCGUUGCGCCCUCAAUGCAUAUCUACGUUGAGAAAUACCUCGCCAGCCCAGUCAUCAACCAGCUCAACCAGGCCCUUGCAACCCCGGGGAUGCCUAAUUUCGGUUCCAAGGAUAUCGCUGUUGGGCAGUCGUAGAUGGACAUCAUCGAAGCCAUCUGGCGAGCCCCAAGAGCCUCAAUCAGAAGACUCUAAACCCACAACUGCAGCAAAGCGCCUGUUGUCCAAGCUGCCCAUGGGGAAGAGCCAUGAGAACAUCUACACCGUUCCCAAUAUUCUCACUUUCACUCGAUUAGUGGCGGCACCCGUGGUGGGGUAUCUGCUUGUCCACGACUACCAUGCAGCCGCUUUGUCCCUGUUUGCGUAUGCAGGCAUUACCGAUCUGGUUGAUGGGUGGAUUGCCCGAAAGUAUCACCUGCAGACCGUUGUGGGAACCAUCAUUGACCCCAUGGCUGAUAAGCUGCUGAUGACAAUCGGAGUGGCGUGUCUGGCGGUGAAUGGGUCUCUUCCUAUUUGGUUGGCCGUGAUUAUUCUUGGUCGUGACAUUGGACUGGCCAUUUCGGCUAUUUAUUACCGAUGGAUUUCUCUUCCUGCCCCAAAGACUAUGGCUCGGUACUGGGAUUUCUCGCUUCCAUCCGCCGAGGUCAAGCCCACAGAAAUCUCCAAGAUCAAUACUGCCCUGCAGUUGGUGUUGGUGGGCACUGCAAUUGGACUCCCUGUGGUUCCCGAGGCUUUCAUUAGUGCUUGGCAUUUGCAGGAGGCCAUGACUGGAUUCCAGUACCUUGUGGCGGGAACAACCAUCUGGUCGGGCCUGAGCUAUGUUUUGUCCAACAAUGCGGUGAAGAUCCUUACCAAUGAGGAGAUCCAGAAACGGAUCGCUGCAGCGGCUACGAAGAGAAAGCCGUGA